GAAUUGCUUUUCUGUGUUUUUUGGUAGCUCAUUGAGUUUUCUCAAACAACCAUUUUGACUUUUUUAUCUGGUAAAUCACAAAUCUCUGUGUUUGGCUUUGGUUAUUGAAGGAUUACUAUGGCCGUUUGCUGAUGUAAUUUUUGCUGGUUCUUCCUGUUUCUUGGAGUUAUGCGUUACUGUGUUCACAUGUGAAGUAGCAGUCAUCUCCUCCAGUCUUUCCCAGCUGCUUUCAGUGGAAUGCUGAAACUUCUCCUCCAGAAACCUGAACUUCUAUAAAAGUUCUUUUGUUCAUGGGUAACUAACUGCCCAAGUCAGCAUUUCUCAGCCUAAAGGAGUUGGAAAUGGUUCCCAAGUCAGCGUUUCUCAGCCAAAAGGGGUUGGAAAUGGUUCCCAAGUUCCCAAGUUCCAAGCCAUACUGGGGUCUGCCUACCUAUUGCCUGAUGCACAGGCUGGAUGUUUUUCUUCGACAAUUUGAUGCAUCAAGACCUGUGUUAUCUACGUAUUAUUUUCAUGACUUUAUAGGUAAAAAUCUCCAAAGAAAAUGUGAAGCAAUUACAUCUCGUAGAACAGAUGCCAAGGUGAUUUAUUGCCUCAUCAUUAUUGGGGUCCUAGUUGCAAUUGUGAUUACACUUCCUAUUGCUUUGGCAGUGAGAGAGCCAAUGCCGGUCUUCAAGUGCCCUGUGUAUACUGCCUGCCCAGAAAGAUGGAUUGGGUUGGGAAGAAAGUGUUUUUAUUUUUCUGAAGACAUAAGGAAUUGGACAUACAGCCAGGCUUUCUGUGUCUCUUUAAAAGCUGAUCUUGCUCGGAUUGAAACUCUGGAGGAACUGAAAUUCCUAAAAAGAUACAAAGGCCCUUCUGACCAUUGGAUUGGCCUUAGCAGAGAAUCAUCGCAUCACAUUUGGAAAUGGACAGACAACACCGAAUAUAAUGCCACGUUUGUCAUCAAAGGAGCUGGAGAAUGUGCCUACCUGAAUGACAAUGGAGUCAGUAGUGCCAGGACCUACACAGAUAGGAAAUGGAUUUGUAGCAAGCCAAGUGAUGUCUCCAUGUAGCAUAAUGUUUCAGGGUCUUGAUGGAGAUGAGUUUAGUUGUGGAGGACGUU